AUGCUCGGCUGUGGAAAUUCGAGUACGUACCACACACUGACGAAAGCGCUCAGCAAGGACAUGCUGGACGACGGCUAUACCCACAUUCUAAACCUUGAUUACAGCGCCAUCUUGAUUGAAAAAAUGCAGCAGCGUGUGCCGGAGCUCGAUUGGCGCGUCAUGGAUAUCCGGGAACUCUCUGAGCACGCAGACGAGUUGGGUGGUCCAGGCACAUGGGAUGUGAUCAUCGACAAAGGUAGGGACGUCGGUGCUGACGUCAGGCACGAUGGAUGCCCUCAUGGCGGAGAAUGGAUCCGUGUGGAACCCAAGCGAGCAAGUGUUGAACAAUGUGGCGCGCGAAGUGGAUGGCGUGAUGCAGUGCGUGGGAUAGAACUGACUCAGUCUCUUGAGGCCUGCUACGGGACUGUUUCUCUACUUCACCUUUGGCCAGCCCCACUUCCGACGCCCGCACAUGCAGCGAGACGCCUGGACCAUUGA